AUGUUUACAAUUUUCUUUCAGAUGGCUUUUCGUAUCAGACAGUCAAAGUAUCGGCAUGUAUUUGGUAAACCCUUAAAGCGAGAUCAGUGUUAUGACAACAUUAGAGUGUCCAAGAUAUCAUGGGAUAGUACAUUGUGCAGUGUGAACCCUAAAUACAUAGCUAUUAUAACAGAGGCUGCUGGUGGGGGAGCAUUCUUAGUUCUGCCUUUAUCAAAGACUGGUCGUAUUGAGAGAGAUUCUCCGCUGGUAUCGGGACACAAGGCAGCAGUAUUAGAUAUAGAAUGGUGUCCACAUAAUGAUGAUGUCAUUGCCAGUUGUUCUGAAGAUUGUUACGUUAAAGUCUGGCAGAUCCCAGAAGGUGGCGUCAACAAACCUUUAACAGAACCAAUUGUAGAUUUACUAGGACAUCAAAAGAGAGUUGGUGUUGUAAAAUGGCAUCCUACAGCACAGAGUAUUCUCCUCAGUGGAGGUCAAGACAAUAUUAUAAUGAUUUGGAAUGUGGGAACUGGUGAAGCUGUUGUACAGAUAGAUGCUCCUGACCACAUCUUAUCAGCAUCAUGGAAUUACGAUGGGUCAAAAUUCGUAGCUACAUGUAAAGAUAAAAUGAUGAGAGUGUAUGACCCAAGAUCGGGAGAUAUGUUAGGUGAAGUGAAGGCCCAUGAAGGUGCUAAGCCAGCACAGGCUGUGUAUCUGAAGGAUGGUAAAAUAUUCUCUGCAGGGUUCUCUAGAAUGAGCACCAGACAGUAUGCAUUGUGGAAUGAGAAUGAUCUAUCAGAAGAGAUGAUGCGUGAAGAGAUUGACCAAAGUAACGGUGUGAUGUUCCCAUUUUAUGACCCUGACACAAGUAUGAUAUAUCUUAUUGGAAGGGGUGACAGUAUUAUCAGAUAUUACGAAGUAACAGAUGAAGCUCCUUAUGUACAUUACUUAAGCUUGUACCAGUGCAAGGAUGCACAGAGAGGGUUUGGCUACAUGCCAAAACGAGGACUUAAUGUCAAUAAUUGUGAAAUAGCUAGAUUUUAUAAACUACACAAUAGUGGUCUCUGUGAAGUUAUACCAAUGACUGUUCCUAGAAAGUCUGAAUUAUUCCAAGAUGACCUUUACCCUGACACAGCAGGAGAUACCCCAGCGGUCACUGCAGAUGAAUGGUUAGCCGGCAAAAAAUCAGAUCCAAUUCUGAUCUCACUGAAAGAUGAAUAUGUACCUACGCAAAAGGAACAGUUAAAAGUAGUUAAAAAAUCCAAUAUAUUAGAUAAACCUAUACACAAACCAACUGCUGCGGCUACUCCGGCUACUCCAGCCAGGUCAUCAGUUCAAGAGGUGGCAGUUCCAGAAGAAUCUGGUGCAGCAUUACCACCGGGAUUUGAUCCACAAGGUAUUCUUGAAGAUAUACGGAAACUCAAAUUAAUAGUUAAAGCACACGAAAAGCGCAUAAAGACAUUAGAAGAAAAACUAGCUCAAUAUGAAGGGAAUUCCACAGAAGAAGAAGAAAACGGAGAAAAGUGCUAAAAUAAAUCACCAGCAGUCCAUAAAGAAAUCCAACAAUUAAAGCAAGUGAUUGGAGAACAGAACCAAACUAUUCAGGAUUUAAUGGAAAGAGUUAUUUCCCUUGAACAGGCAGCAAACAAUAGUGGGGUAACAGAAAAUGAUGAAACAUUAGGCAAUGACAAAGCUGGUGACCAGGAACAGGCAGAUAAUAAUUAAUGCUGCAGACGACAUUAAAAAUCAAAAUGGCUGCUGGUUAAGAUUUAGUGUUUUAACAUUUCUCUUUUUUUUAAGACAUUUUGUAUUUAAGCAAUGUAUAUUUAUUUAAAUGCUGGCAAAAAAAUAUAUAUAUUAGCACUUCUUUAUAUAUAUUGGAUAUGCAUGACUUACACAAGCAUUUUAACAGUGAAACAGUUCAAAUGAAUAGAAUUAAAUAUUAUGAGAAAAAGGCUUUAAGAUUAAAUGCUUUUUAAACAAAAAUACUAAAUUUUUUUCUUCAUUUGAGUAAAAGAAAAAUAACUAUAUUUUAAAAACUGGUGUAGCAAUAGAUUUUUUUACUAAUGAACAAGGAAAUAUUUCAGAUCAAAUUUUAGCUGCUGAUCAUGAAUUUCCCAUAACUGCCAAAUACAUCAUACAUGCAAUUUUAUCAUAUAAAAGAUUGCAAUACUUGAUUGUUUUGUAGGAUUAAAGUCAGUAAAAAGUGGUCAAUAGAUCAUGGAGAAGCUACAUGUGUAGCCAUCGAUUCUAAAUUAAUUCUCUAGUCUUCCCAUUAUUGAUUGUAAAUUGGUUUUUCUAUAAAUAUUUAAAUUAAAAAAAACAUUUUUUAUGUCAAAAUUAUUGUUUAGACUUGAAACUGAUAUGAAUGAUGAUCAUACAUCAAAUUAUAACAACUUUUUUUUCCUUUCUUACUUUCAAGAGGCCAAAGAAAGAUAACUCUGUAUCGACAGUUAGAUAGAUCUCAGAUCCAAGAAGUAAAUAUUUUUAGAAUUUUCACAAGCAGAAAAUCAAGUAUUGCAAAACUUUUGAAGUAGACUUAGAUUUGUUAUUGUUAUUUGUCAUUCAUUUAUGCCAAUAAAAAGUGCUUUGUUAUGUUGAUAUGAACUCUGUGACUGAUUUGUUUGUUUUUUCCCCUGGAUGUUACUGUUGUUGAAAAUGGCUUUAAGUGUCUGUAAAAAUGUUGUUGUUUGAUAUGCUUAUUUUGUAGGAAAUUUUCAGAGAAACGGUCAUUGAUUUUUUUCCCUUAUUCAUGUAGGUUUGCCCUACCACUUUUUACCCCAAAGUAUUGCAUUGGUUCACUUUAUCUAAAUGAAGAUUGAAUAGAAAGGAUAUUAAAAGAAUAAAAGUAUUAUUUUUUUUCAAAAAUGUUUUUAUGUUCAGAUUUCUUUGCUAAAGAAUAUUUUUUUUUUUUAAAUUUACCCAUAACCCCUCUAACUCUCUAAUAUGAUUAACAGUUCUGCAAUACCCUUACACAGAAAGUUGUGCCAAUUCUUUUCUUGAAAACAAAUUUCUACCAGGAUAUAUGGUAAAAUGUAACAUUUGAGCUUUUAUUAGAAGGAAAUGAUAUGUUGAUCAACACAUAUAUAUCUUGAAUGUAUGCAAUUCUGUGAUGAAUAGGAAAACAAAAUUCCAUAUACAUACAUAUAUAAAUAAUAAAUAUAAUUUGAUGAAAUUAGAAAUUUUUAGUAUCUUAUAGAUUCUUUUUAUAAACUAUUAAUAAGUCAUGACUAUUUCUGAGCAUUCCAAGGCUUGUAUGUUAAUAUUUAUUUGUAAAUAUAGUUUCCCUUGUACAGAUUAGAUAUAGAUCAUGAAAAUGAUUAUUUUUGUAUAUGACAUGCUUGGAGGAACAAUAAAUAUUUUUGAUUUAUAAUGUUCUCAGGUUUUGAUUGCUCUGUUCCAGUUUUGUAUUAAGUGUUUUUAUAUAGGUUUUUGCUUAAUUGUUAAACUUAAAAUAGUUUCAGCUAUUUCUUUCAGUUUAGUGCAUCAGCGUUUAAUUUUUGUCAUUGAAAUAAUAGUUUUUAUUAGUUUGCAGUCAGAAUUUAGUAGGAUUUAGGUAAUUGAAUGGGAAUCUAUCUUGCUAAAUGUUUAACAACAACAAAAAAUUGAUAUAAAUAAACUAGGUUUAGUUUAUUUUAACUCAUAUUGAGUUAAAUUCUUACAGAAUGGUGAUGUAAAUGUUUUUAGGACCAUAGACUGGUUAGUUUACCAAUAACUGCUUAUCUUAGAAUUUCAGGAUUUCGUCACAAUAUUCCUAAUGGAAUCUUUCCAACUUCAGACUAUGUUUGAAAUAGAUAUAAGUGGAAGAAAGUAAUGUUAAAUUUCCAAUUAGAAAUCAGCGUGAAAAGAAAAAUGAGAUUUUAGUUUAAAGAUGACUGUUUUUCAGGAUCAUCUCAUUUUACACACAAAGAUCACAUAGGUGGUGUUGGGAUCAACAGAACAUCUUUAGAAUGAAAUAUCAAAGUAUAGAUAAUGUCCCCUUAUUGGUUUGCACCAGGGUUAAGAGGUCAAAUAAAUAAGUUGAAUAUAUUAAGUGGAAGUUUGUUGAAAACAUUCCAUUUAUUAAUGUCACUGUGUGAAAGACUAUGCAGAUGCAUAAAUAAAAAAAAUGUCAUGUGAUACCACCUUUUCAACCUCCACAUUGGAGACUCCUAUAGCCUAAACAUAUAUAUGAAGCAUGUGAAAGAAAGCUAAAAAUGUCAUGUGAUACCACCUUUUCAACCUCCACAUUGGAGACUCCUAUAUCCUAAACAUAUAUAUGAAGCAUGUGAAAGAAAGCUAAAAAUGUCAUGUGAUACCACCUUUUCACCUCCACAUUGGAGACUCCUAUAUCCUAAACAUAUAUAUGAAGCAUGUGAGAGAAAGCUAGUUAUUCGAUUAUCAUACUGAAACUCUGCCAGUAUCACCUGUUGUGUGGAGCAUGGAUGUAUCCUGGUCUUAUCUAAUAAUCUGGUUCCCCAAUUGGCCAUUUCAGAAUCUAAAGAAUCAUGGGUAAUUUCAUUGUUCGUACCCCAAAAUGAAAAUAAUAUUACGUCAUUGGUUGAAUUUCCAUUGUUUAGAAUGUUUUAAACCAAUCACAACGCUUUGGCGAACACUUUUGAAAAUAUUACCCAUAAUGCAUUAGAUUCUGAAACAGCGAAUUAAUGCAUUUGAUGCUGAGGAAGUCUAUAUGUUCUCACACUGUAAUUUGUUCUAUAUGUUACCCAGUCAUUUACCUCACUCUCUUUUACAUAUUAUUUUAAAAGACCGAGUUUUAUUAAUCUAUUGGGUCUUGAUGAGGCUUUUAUGAUAAAUUUAGUGUGUAAGAAAUAAUGUGCUUUGUCUAAUUUUUAAAAUUCAAUGUGGUAGUGACUUGGUAUUGCAGUAACUCUUGUGAUUAAUGAAGUAUUGUUAGUUACAUUAUAGAUUCUAACACAACGUAAUUCAAACGUUUAGCUGACUUUACAGAUUUAUCUCCCUGUAGUGUUAGGUACCACCUUAAUGAAGUAUUGUUAGGUACAUUAUAGAUCCUAAGCUCUUGCUGUAACAUUUAAAGAAAUUCUUAUAGAACUGCUUAUUUUAUAAAGAACAAAAUACUCCCCAUGUUGAGUUUCCUUUCAUCGUGGAAUUAUUAUUUCUUUCACCUCACUUGUAGUAUAUAUUUUAUGCACACAUUAAAUAGAAAUUAAUAACCAAAGCACCUUUAUUUUUUUCAAUUUUUAUACCUGAAGCAGGAUUUAAACUGUCUCAUGUCCAGGAAUAAAUAGAAAAAUGGAGAAAAAAUUGUUAUAGUAAAAUAAUCAUUUUUUUCUACAAAAUCACAUGCACAGGUUUACCUGAUAAUGUAUUUUCUCAGCAUUAUUCAUUAUUUUACAAAAUAGAAAAUAUUUUAGUUUUUGUGUACUCUAACUUUUCAUCUUUGAGAAUUAUGAUUAUGAACUUUAACCUUUAAUCUUAAAAAAUGAUGACCAUGCUCUUGAUUGAUUAGCUCUGAUCUAGUGACCUGUUUGAUGUAAAUUAAAAAAAUAACAUGAAAAAAAUGGCAAUAUCUGGGGGACUUUAAUUUGAAACCACAGUGAUGGUUACACACUUUUGUCAUAUACUUGUUUUUAUGAAAAAAAUACUCCUUUUUCUAAUAAAAUUGUGAAAUUAAAUGCACCAAGUUUAAUAUUAAAAAGUAGUUUUUGCAACUAGUUUACAGUAGGACAUGAUUACAUUAAGCCAUAAUUUAAUUGUUUUCAGUAUGGAACUUUGUCACAAAUUUAUGUCCGUUAUAAAUAGUUAUGCUAUGAUCAUUUGUAUAUUAUAUAAUCAUACAGCAAUAAAAACGUACUCUAAAUUAA